GGCAGCGCGGGCCGUCCCCGUCAACCACCCGUCCGAGGCGGGUCAGUCAGUCCACACCAUGGCGUCGCGGAGCCUGCGCUGCGCGAUGCGCUGCGUCCCCUGGGCGCUGCUCCUGCUCGCCGCCGGACGCGCCGCAGCCCAGGACGAUGCCGGCUCCAGCUGCGUGUUUAUGGACGCGGACAUCGAGUGCCCGGCCACGCUACCCUACCGACCCGUGGACGGCUCGUGCAACAACCCGCGGUACCCGUGGCUGGGCCGCGCCAACACCCCUCUGUACCGCCUGCUGCGCCCGGCGUACGCCGACGGGCGAGCUGCCCCGCGGCGAGGACACCGAGGACGGGCGCUGCCGUCGGCGCGGGAGGUGGUCGCGCGCCUCAUGCCGCAGGUGAACCACGAGCACCUCACCACGCACCUGUUCGUCAUCCUGGGGCAGCUCCUCAGCCACGACGUUGCGCGCAUCGACGCGCCCAAGAACCAGGCGACGGGGCCGUGCUGUAACACGGGCCGAGGCGGCGCGGACGACACCUGCAUGCCCAUCCCCGUGCCGGCCGACGACCCCUUCUACCAGCACCUCCGCGUGCGCUGCCUGCCCCUCACCCGCACCAACAGCACGACGUGCCACAGCGCGCACGCAGAGCAGCUGAUCUCCGUGACGCACUUCUUGGACGCGUCCUUCCUGUACGGCUCUGACGGGGCCACGUCCGCGCGCCUCCGCUCCGGCGAGGGCGGCCGGCUCCGCGCGCGCGUCGUGGACGUCGGCCGGGGCGACUUCGGCCAGUUCCCGCCGACGGACGAGGCCUCCGCCGACCUGUGCACCAACUCGUCGACGACGUGCUACUUCACCGGGGACGAGCGCGCCAACCAGAACCCCAUGCUGGCCGCGCUGCACACGCUGUUCCUCCGCGAGCACAACCGCGUCGCCGGCGCCCUGGCCGACCGCAACCCCCACUGGGAGGACGAGCGCACCUUCCAGGAGGCCCGGCGCGUCGUGGUGGCCGAGUGGCAGAUCAUCGUGUACCGAGACUGGCUGCGCUGGCUGCUGGGCGAGGACCGCGUGCGCCGGCUGGGGCUGGUGCCCCGCGGCCCCACCGCGCGCUCCCAGUACUUCCCCGACGUGGACCCGCGCACGGCCAACGACGUGACCACGGCGGGCUUCCGUUCGCUGCACAGCAUGGUGCAGGGCCACUUCUGGCUGGGCGCGCGCGGCCGCCGCUCCGAGACCCUCACCGAGUGGUUCGACAACUCGGCGCCCGCCCUGGAGCGGCCGCUCGGGCUGCAGCGCGUGCUGGAGGGGUUGGUGCACCAGCAGGCGCAGGACCUGGACCGCUGGAUGGACGACGAGAUCACCACCAAGUACGAGCCGGUGCGGACCCGGGCCGGCCGGCCGUGGGGCACCGACCUCGCCGCCAUCGACGUCCAGCGCGGCCGCGACCACGGGCUACCCAGCUACGUGGAGUACCGGCGGCACGCAGGCCUGCCCGAGGCGUUCGACUUCGACGACCUGCUGGACACCAUCAGCUGGCAGGACGUGCGCGACCUGCGCCAGGUGUACGACCACGUGCGCGACGUGGACUACUACGUCGGCGGACUCAUGGAACGCCGCGCGCCCGGGGCGUUCCUGUUCGGGCCCAGCUUCCAAGUCAUGCUGGAGGACCAGUUUUGGCGUUGGAGGUUCGCCGAUCGGUUUUUCUACAAUUUUGCCGGGUUUGCACACUCGCUAACGCCAGAGCAAAUAUGGGCGCUCGAGGGCACCUCCGUGGGGAGGCUGCUGUGCGACAACGUCAAGGACUUUCACUAUGUUCCGCGUGAUCCUUUCGUGAAAAUCGGAUACCGAGGAAAUGAAAAUGUCCCGUGCGAAAGCCUCCCGAAAGUGAAUUUCGAUGUCUGGAAGGAAUACAAGGAUGGGACCGAAGAGCGUCAGGAGGAAUGGGACAGUCCUGAAGAGAUGGAUCCUUGGCGACGGGACGACCAGUCCGGGUGGCAGGACGGACCCGGGUGGCACGGCGGACACGGGUGGCACGGCGGACACGGGUGGCAGGACUGGUGAUGGGCGGCAGGUCACCCCGACUUGGGCGGCCGGCCUCGCCACGCCCGCAGGUCCAUGGAGGGCAGGUCUCUGCACGACACCUCGUGGUUGCUGGGAGCAGAGAACCGCGUGACGGAGGAGAGUUAGUCACCCGGUCAAAAAAGUAACUGCCCGGAAAUCAGUGACUGCCGUUCUGAAACCCAAGCACCAAGUGCCUGAUUGUCAGUCGGGAGCGGUAAUCUCCUGGCGGUCGCCCUUACCGUGCAGUAUGGAGCCCGGGCGCCUGGCAGGUAGGCAGACCUCCGCGUGGAGCACACGGCUGCACGGCGGGUCGGCCUACCCGCAGGCGCCCGGCCGGGCCCGGCGCCCGUCCUCGCUCGCAGAGGGCAGAGAGAGAGAGCAGAGCUUCCGCCCCGGGGUUUAGUUUUAACGCCGUGUAUAAAUUGAAAAAAAAAUAUAAUCGAAGCAGCUGUUA